GAGAGUGUCGCAGGGUCCCGAUCGAUGCCUCCUCUCCCACUCGUCGCCAUGAACAAAUGAAUUCGCGGGGAAUCAAAUAUCGAUUUCACAAAGGAGAGCGAGUCCUGUGCUUCGAACCAGACCCCACCAAAGCUAAAGUGUUGUACGACGCUAAGGUCACUGAUGUCUUGAUAGGUACAGAUGAACAUGGAACAAUAAUCCCAAAGUAUUACGUUCACUUCAACGGUUGGAACAGAAGCUGGGAUCGUUGGGCUGCUGAGGACCAUGUUCUAAGGGACACAGAGGAAAGCCGUAAAUUGCAGCGUAGACUGGCUCGCAAAGCCCUCGGUCGCAUGAAGAGAAAAGGAUGGUCGAAGAGGCGUCGUCGUCAGUCUGGCACUAAAACCUCUCUGAAGACUCUCCCGAAGGAGGACGACAGCGAUGACGCAUGUUUGAUUUCGUCUUCGGAGAGCAGUGACGGCGACGAUUCUGACCCUGAAUCUUCAAAUAGUGGAGACAGCACUUUCUCUGAGGAUAUCAACAAAAUGAGAGAAGAACCAGACAUUAAUGUCAAAAGGGAAUGUGAGGAGAAGAUUGUCCAUAUCGAUAUCAGCAUCCCAGAUGUUCUGAAGAAGAAACUGGAGGAUGACUGCUUCUACAUCAACAAGAGGAAAAAGCUGGUGAUGGCGCCCUGUCAGAUGAAUGUCGUGCACAUCCUUGAGUCGUAUGUGAAACACUUUGCCAUCAACAAGGCUUUCAUGGCCAAUGAGCGGUUCCGGAGGCAGCAGACCACCACCACACAGAGCACCAGUCCACAGGCAAUCCCUCCAGAGAAGAGCGAGGAGCUGUGUAAGGAGAUGGUCGACGGCCUCAGGAUCACGUUUGACUUCACCUUACCCAUGAUCCUCCUCUAUCCCUGUGAACAAGCCCAGUUCAAAAAGGUCAGCUCGUCCCGGCUCUUUCUGGCCAUGAAUGAAAGCUCCCCGUGCUCCAGCAACACCCAGCGGGACCGCAGCCCGAGCCCGUUGGGACACAACCCCCUGACUCCUCAAUCCACAGACAGCCAGCCGGCACUGAGCGACAUCUCGGCCACCACGCCCACGGCCCCAGCACCCACCCCAAAACGCCGGCGUCACCCCGACAUGGACUGUAUCUCAUACCAGUCCCAGUCCCUCAGACGCUCCACCAGGAACACGUCUGGAGGCGACCGGCCAGCGGAGGGAAGCAGCGGAGGUGGAGGCAGUGCAACAGCGUCCCCGCAGCUCAAACAGCGUUUGAUCGACACCUCGGCCCAGCCCAAGUUCUUCCUCAAUCUCGACAGAAAAACCCCAGUGCACAGUGGCUCUUCCUCCCCACUGCCCUUGACGCCGAGCAAAGAGCGAAGCGGUCCAUUCUACGGCAUGGAGAGCCGGAGAAACAACGAGCUUAACGAGGUCCUGAGCUGGAAGCUGACUCCUGAUAACUACCCUCUGAACGACCAGCCUCCUCCACCAUCCUACCUGUACGGAUCCCAGCACCUCUUGCGGCUCUUUGUGAAGCUUCCUGAGAUCCUGGGAAAGAUGCAGAUCCCUGAGAGGAAUCUCCGAGCCCUGGUCAAACAUUUGGAACUGUUCCUCAGGUUUCUGGCAGAGUUCCACGAGGAUUUUUUCCCUGAGUCUGCAUAUGUGUCAGCUUCCGAGGCCCACUACAGCAUGAAACAGCCGAGGCCCGUUUACUGAAGGGAGGCAUUAGCCGUUGUGUUUCCUUCCCUUUGCUGUCUUUCCCCUCCCCACCACCCCCCCGAGCCGCUCAACAUUUACCUGCCUGCGCUCGCGUACAAAGGGAUGAGAGCAGCUUUCUCCGGAGCUGAGCUGCUUUGCACUUCCCUGCUUCCCUUUGCUUCUCCUCUGGCACUAACUUUACAGUAGUGUUCCUCCAGUUGCCUUGCAGAACUCCUUGCUUCUACCCUCGCCCUUUCCUCAUUUCAGGUACUGUUGUGCAUAAUUCUUCGUAGACUGCUACUGCUGAGCCCCUCUUUCCGAACCUAUCCUCCUUUUAUGUUACCUGGCUUACAGCUCUCUCCAGACCAGCUGGGACGUUUUUCUGCCUCUCACAUAUUCCAGGCUGUCAAUAACAAAACCGUUUUGAAUAUCUGAUGUGGAAACGGACACAACCGGCGCAACUUGGCAAAGCCUUCUUUGUCUCUGCUAUGACUUUUCCUCUUCAGACCUAACGUUUUGGAAUAUUAUGUUUCCUCUGCAUAUGGGAGGGAAAUGGAAGCCCCCGUGUUCUUGCUCUGCUCUGCCUCUGGAUUCUCUUUGGGGUAUUUUUUGCUGUUUUGGAAGCUUGGCACCUCUUAAUGUAGUGACUUCCUGCAAGUGCUUCUCAUGCAGCGCCGCCAGUGAUCCUCCCCUUGGAAACGAUUACUCCACCGCUACAGUGGGACCUGCUCUUCCUUUCCUGGAGAUGCUACGCUACUUUCGCUGAGCAAAUCAAAUUUACUGACCCCUUCGGAUUUCUUUUGCAGUAUUUGGAUUUUUUCCUGUUUGUUGCUUUGUCGUCCUUCUGUGAAUUUCUGAUAAAUGUCUUGGAGCUUUUAAUUUGUCUAUGUUGAUCCUGCCCCUCCCAUUCUAGCUCCCUUCUGAUGGGAAGAAUAAACAGCAACAGUGAAAGUAGAUGCUGGGUGUACAACAUUUCAAUGCCACAUAUCUUUUAAUACAGACAUAUCUUGUCCUGAAGCUUAUCUUAAUACACAGUUAAAGACAGAGGCUGUUUGUGUUUUCCAGUUAAUUAUCAGAAAUAUUAGAUAAAUGCAUAUCAAAAAGAAAGCUUCCAUACUUUGCCAUAAACUGAUGCUGUUUGCUAGACAUUUCAUAGGAAAUAGUUAGAAACGAUCUGGAUUCUCCCCUCCCUUAUGUUGUAAACAUGUAAAUAUACAAAAACAGCUGUUAGGUCAGUAUGUUAUUUAUUUUGUCCUCUCACACAAUUGAAUGUUUCAUACACUGUUUUAUGUUUUCAGGGUUUCCACUUGACUUUUUCAUUUUGUUUCUGUAAUGUCCGGUCCGUCUUUAUCGUCUCCACAUGUCGAGAUGAUACUUGAAUAAAGAUUUUGCAAAAAUUG